GAAGGCCGCUCGGGUCAACGGGGCUAAGGGAGCGAUGGCGGCGGCGGCGGCGGCGGCGACGGCGGCUUGGGCCCAGCGGCUGGCGGGCGUGCGCGGGCUGCUCCUCGACGUCUCCGGAGUGCUCUACGACGGCGGCGAUGGCGGUGGCACGGCUAUUCCCGGCUCCGUCGAGGCAGUGGCCAGGAUUAAGCGGUCAGGCCUGAAGCUUCGGUUCUGCACAAACGAAUCCCAGAAGUCUCGGGAUAAGUUUGUGGGAUUGCUUCAGCGUUUGGGAUUUGACAUCUCGGUGAAUGAAGUCACGUCUCCUGCCCCGGCUGCUUGCCAGAUUCUGAAGGAGCGAGGCCUGCGGCCCUAUCUCCUUGUUCAUGACGAUGUCCUCCCUGAAUUCGAUGAGAUGGAUACUUCGAAUCCAAACUGCGUUGUCAUUGCGGAUUCAGGGGACGGCUUUUCUUAUCAGAAUGUGAACAAGGCAUUCCGAGUUCUCGUCAGCCUGGAAAAUCCUGUGCUUAUAUCCCUGGGAAAAGGACGCUACUACAAAGAAAGCGAUGGCCUGAUGCUGGACGUUGGCCCGUACAUGAAGGCCCUGGAGUACGCCUGUGAUAUCCAAGCUGAAGUGGUGGGAAAGCCAGCCCCCGCGUUCUUCCAGGCGGCUUUAAAGGAAAUGGGCGUGGAGGCUCACGAGACCAUCAUGAUUGGAGAUGAUAUUGUGAGCGAUGUCGGAGGGGCCCAGCGCUGUGGGAUAAGGGCAUUGCAGGUGCGCACAGGAAAGUUCAGGCCCUGUGAUGAACACCACCCUGAGGUGAAAGCAGAUGGCUAUGUGAAUGACCUGGCUGAAGCUGUGGACCUCAUCCUGCAGUAUGCCAACAAGUGACCUGAGCCUGCCAGGGUCCUAGAACCUCCAGGGCUCUACCUGGCCUCUGGGCCUGGCCACCCCAUCCAUUCCCACAAUCAGCCUCUCCCCAGCACAAGCCUAGGCAAGGCGCCACCUUCUGCCGUAGCUCCAGACCCCCAGAGUCCUCUGGGCUCACGACCUGACCCCAGGGAAAGCUGCUCAGAGACUAACCUCUGAAAAGAAAGGCAGUAACCCACCCCAGCUGCAAGUUUUCCCUCCUCAUGGUAUCUGAAACAACAGGACUCCUUCCUCCCACCAGGCUCUGUCUGGCACUGCAGCCCACGUGGUAAAGAGAUCGCCGCUUCUCUGGGUGGGCUUGGUUGAUGUGCCCCGGCCCAGCUCGGGCCUUCUCCAGAGGCUGUCCCUGAUUCCACUGGGAGCCCACCCCUCCCAAUGGGUGCCCUGGAGUUCAGGCCUAGUGAGCGUUUUUAAUCAUUUUACCCCAGUGUUUCCUGGCCCAGAAUGUUCCUAUUAGUUGUGAUCAAAAGAACCCCGUGAACCUUGGGUGGCCCCGCCCCCCCGUUGUAGGAUGCCCAAUGGUCCCCCACCCUCACCCCAUCCUGCAAUCAUGGCCAGAAGAGGAAAUUCCCGUCAGGGCUCACGGGCUUCUUGGAGUGCUUGGGGAUUUCUCAUUAUCUCGGGCCCUCUGCAUGAGCGCCUUCUUGCCCUCCUGGGGCUGCGGGACGUACCCACGUGCCUGGUGACCAGACCUGUCGUCUGCAGGCUUUCCUAGUGUUUCAGAGGCCUCCCGGCCAGGGCUGGCCUGGCCCUCAGGGUGGCCGAGGACAGCUGGGCUGCUGGGACGCCAGGUCUGGCGCUGGAGGAGUCCGACGGACCGUACUUAACCUUCACUGACCAAGCCAGCUGCCCCGAUGAUUCCACUUGUGAGCCUCGAUGAAUAAGGAUGAAUAAAUGACACCCCGUGCUUCCUAAA